AUGGUGAGCCAAGAAGGAUACUUGGCAGUGAUCGCAACCUUUUUCGCCUUUGGAGCGAUCAGCAUAGCGCUUUAUCUAUUUGUGCUGAGGCCAGUCAACGAGGCACCGGCACAGGGUGAAAGAGGCAAUAAUAACCCCGUCAUUCAGCAACGGCGACCAGCACAGCAACAGCCAGCAGUCAACAAUAAUGCAACCGCCAACAACCGAUCAAGUGACUCCUCUUCCGCCAAUAUUGACAAAAUCUUAGCUAAAUGUGCAAAGUCUCCAUCGCAUGUUGCCGAGAGCUAUCAAAAGAAGAAUGGAGCCAGUUUGCUCUCCGAUGGUCUGGUAGCAUUUCGCUACACGAAAGCUGCUUCCGCUGAGCAGGCAUCCAAACCACCGAGUGGAGAAGACGCCACGGCACAGAAUCGCAAAGAGAGAGCACGGGCUCUAUCCAAGAUGCUGGCAUUGGAGGGUGGGAGUGCCGACGCUGGAAGUUUUUCCCGUGGAAGUACCUUUGUGGUUUCGGUGCCGUUGGAAGAAGCUGGCUGCCCCAAGCUGAGGCGUGUGCUCUGGCUAUUUUCAACAUACUACAACCUUCUGGUCAUUCUGGUGGUGCCAUCCGGUGUAACACCAGAGGCUUUGGAGAAUGCCAAGUCUAAGCUGCGAGGAGGCGACAGUGAUGCAGAUCGGCUAGACACUUCUGUGUUGCCCAAUCACAGGUUCAUCGCGGCGUCCACAGCCACUGGAAGGAUUGCUGUUGUCCGUCAGCUUUCCCGUGCAGAAAUAGUUCUGGAUUUUGACAAUGAAGUCAAGUCGCAGCUAUCUCGAUUUGGUUAUCGAGUGAUAAACUAUGCAAACCGAAAUGUUGAGAAGGGCUCGUCUCAACUUGGAAGUCAGCUGGUUUCUUCCUAG